CCCCAUGCCUGCCCCCCUCCCCUUCUCCUUGGAAUCGCGGCCCGUGCACCCUGAACUUGGUCUCCCUUGUCUGAGCGACGGACGGACGGACAAAGAGAAGAAAGCGGGCGGGCGCAUACAGGCUUCAAUCCUGCUUCCCUACCUUGUCCUCCCUUCUAUCCGCAACCAUCAUGACACAGAAUCCUGAAGAGGAGAUAGCAGAGACUACUGCGGCUGCAGCGUCUGCUUCGGCUUCGGCUUCGGCUUCGGCAUCUACUCAGCCUGGCGGGAGUGAUCAGAUGACAGAAGAGGAAGCAGCCCUCUAUGAUCGUCAACUACGCCUGUGGGGCUCAGAAGCCCAGUCGCGUAUCCGUCAAGCUCGUAUAAUCAUCACUCCUUUCGAGGGAGGGGUGGCAGCUGAGAUUGCAAAGAACCUCGUCCUGGCGGGGGUCAAAGAGUUGAUUCUUGUGGAUGAUGGGAUUGUUGGGGAGGAGAGUCUCGCUGCUGCCGGGUUUGUUUGGAGAGAGGAUGAUGUUGGCAAGAAGCGCGUUGAAGCGGCUCUGCCACGGCUGUGCUCUCUCAACCCGCACGUCCUCAUCACUCCCGUGACCUCAGCUGCGACCCUCUCAACCCUCCAGCCCCUCCUGAGCAGCUCUCCCCGCUCCCUCAUCUACUGUCCCUCCAACCCUUUCCGUCCCCCUCACCCUUCCCCCUCCCUCCUCUCCCAACUCAACGCCCUCUGUCGCUCCUCUCCCCCUCACCCAACGGGAGGCAACACUUUCUUCCACCUCGUCAUCCCCCAGGGACUGGAUGGGGUCCUCUUCCAAGACUUGGGGGAGAAGCACAAGUUCCUCGUGGAGAGGAGGAGCACAAAACGCGACCCCAAGACGGGGGGAACGGUCGAGGAGAGCUGGACAGAGAUGAUGGUACAGAGCUUUGUUGAGGCGGGGGAGGUGCUUGCGGAUGAAGUCAAGGGCGAGUGGAUCGCUGCUGGUGGGAGGAUGAGUGCGGCAAAGGGUAAAAGGGUCUCGUAUGGGCGUCCACCUACCUGCGCUCCACCAUCCCCCUUCCCACCACCUCGUCCGAAACUGAGGCGUCAGACGCCUCGCGCUACCCACCAGCGGACAUUUCGCCCACCUGUGCGGUUCUGGGCGGCAUAAUGGCUCAAGAGGUGUUGAACGCCGCAGGAGGGAGGGAGCGACCCAAGGUGGCCAACUGGAUGAGCUGGUAUGGCAGGACAGGGCAGGCGACGGUGAUCCCUUUGGGUGGGGUGGGAGUCAUGGGAGAGCCGGUGGGAGCCGAUGUGCCC